AUGCAGAUCGAUCCCGCAGCUCUGACUGGGACAAAUUCAUCGUCUACCAUCCCCGCGACCAAGCAGCCUGUUGUCCCCCCUCCGGUAACCACCCAGAAAGCAUCCAAAGCUCUCAUUUCUGUUCCGCGACUUGACCUUGAGCCGAUAUACACGGAGUUAAAGGCGGCCAUCGGCAUCCAAUGGACGGAGUACAAGGAGGCCAUCGCUCUCCUUCUUCUAGACCAUGGCGUUGCAAGCUGGGUUUCGGCGAACGAUAAACCGACAGUAGUAUCGAAACCUGUAUCAGGCGAUGCUGCGGAACAGAGACUUAAAACAGAGAUUAAAAAAUUACCGCCAAAGGAUAGACGGCGGUUAAAAGCGCUUCCUGAGCCGGACCCGCAUUCUCUACCCAAUCCACUAGAAGAGUAUCAUCAGGCCAAACAGAUCCGUCUCCCAGAUCAAGUGCCUGCCAGUGCUGGAGGCCUGAACAAGACAAAUUGGGAACUCGAAAUUCGGAAACGCUACGCGCAACCCCUCGCUUCUGAAAUCGGAGAAUUUCCAGAUGCAGAUUCGAUAUAUGCGCGCAUGGUCCCGAUAUGCUACGAGGAAUCGGUGGUUAAUGCGGCUUCAUUUCCAUGCGCGGUGUUUAUGUCCAUCGCAACUGAAAAUUUCGUUAAGGAGUUCCUGUCCAUCGUAUUCGCAAGAACAAGACUAAAUGGGCCAUCAGGGACCACCAAUGGAACCAUGACGCGGAAAUACCGGCGGCAACUUGAACGGGAAGAAAUGGCAUUCACCCGUGGAGAGCUAGUGAAGAAUACCACCAGCGGCUUCUUACCUGUUGAAGCUAAGGAAGCGAGCACAAGACAGGCACUGGGUGUCCCGGACUUGAGAUUGGCUCUGGAACUUGGCGGCGGCCUGCUGGGACAUAUGCCCCUGGUUGUCGAUGAGAUAUUGGGCGGAUAUGUUGAGGAAGAGCUUGAAGCUGAACGACAAGACUACCUGGAAAGUAUAAACGAUACUAACAAUCUAAAUGGCAUCGAUGGGUACUCUGAUGAUAUGGAUAUCGACGAAUCUGGUUGGGAGUGGGACGGCGCAACUUCCAAGGAUCGAGCUCAGCUAGGAAGCCUUCUCGAUGAUUGCCUUUCGAUGGCUGCGUGA